AUGGUUUCCAACAAGGACAUGCGCCGCCCGGACCUGAUCAUUCCGUACCAGGCACCUAAGAAUUCAGCUGAUCAAGCCGAUGUCUCCUCUUCUCUCUCUUCGACGCUUCCCAUGGCCGCUAUGUUCAUGCGCCACAAGAUCAUCGGAUGGGCCUCGCUAGUUGUCUCCAUUCAGAACUGGCUCGGUGAGAGCGAGGCGCAGAAGCAGAACUCCCCCAUGCCCGGUUAUCUCUCCGUUGGCAUGUCUCUUCUGGCCCUCGGCACAUGCUAUAUGCCCCUGUUCCUUCCUCCCGGCGCUGGCGGCGUCGGUGCCAAGCCUGCUGCUGCUUAA